AUGUCUACAACCACUAUCGUCUCACCGUCAAACCUCUCGGCUAUACCUGCUGGUGCGCUUACGGCGAAUAGCCACGAAACAUCCAAUGAAAGAAUGUCUAAACGUCGAUACCAUAUUCCCAGGCCUGCGACUCGGGAAGCGGAGCGAAAAUGGCAGCUGGAACAGAUGGCUGGCACUUUCCGCAUAUUCGCUAAAUUAGGAUUUGCUGACGGAGGAAGUGGUCACAUCAGUGUUCGAGAUCCCAUAAAUCCAGACACAUUCUGGAUCAAUCCUUACGGCGUACACUUUGCGCUGUUAACUGUUUCCGACAUGGUUCAUGUAGACAAGAACGGAUGCCGUAUUGGUGGUGCCGACAAGCCCAUCAAUACUGCCGGGUUUAUCAUACACUCCGCCCUGCAUCAACGCCGUCCUGAUAUUAACGCCGCGUGUCACGUACAUUCUCCGUAUGGGCGUGCUUGGUCCAACUUUGGCAAGCCUAUAGAUAUGCUGAAUCAAGACAGUUGCAUGUUCUAUAACGACUUGGCUGUCUACAGAAACUUUGGUGGAGUUGUCCUUGCCAAGGAGGAAGGUGCGAAGGUUGCAGGUUCACUUGGACAACAGAGAAAGAACCUCAUCCUCCAGAAUCAUGGACUCCUCACUAGCGGCGGGACUGUAGCGGAGGCCGCAGCUUUUUUCAUUGCGCUUGAAAGGGCAUGUCAUUGCCAGCUAUUAAUUGAAGCCGCUCUCGCGCCUACUGGAAGUCAGCUAAUGAAGACAUUCAUUAGUGACGAGGAAGCGGAAUACACCAAGAAAGAGACAGGGAGUCCGGAAGUUAUGUACAUGCAGUUCGAGCCGGAGUACCAGCUUAUUGUCAAGGAAACCAAUGGGGAGUUCUUGGUAUAG